GGCUUGCUGAAUCCAGAUAUAUACGGAGUAUAUAUAUACUUCUUCUUCUUCUUCUUCUUCUUCUUUAGUCUGCAGAACUGUUCUUUUUUCUUUUCUUUCCCCUUUUCCAACCCCCUUUUUAUUAAUAUCUCUCUGCAGGCAGGUGGUUCAUUCUGGUUCAGUUCAUCACUUCACAAAAUAUUUAAAGAACAUAGGAAAAAAAAGUGUACCUUCAUUAUUAUUUCUUCCGGGCCACCUGUACGUCAUUGCAAUGGCACAGAAUGAAAUGGGCACUGUUUGGAAUUGGAAAAGAACUUCUUCUUCUUCUUCUUCUUCUUGGGGUUUUCUUCUUCUUCUCCGUGUUUAUAUUGUAGUGUGGUUUUGUGUUUCAUCAUCGACUGUGUUGUGCCAAAGGAGUGAUCACGAAUUGGAAGCAAACCAAACAACAACUGCAAGAAGGAGAAGCAGCAGACAAAGAUAUGUGAGCAGCUUCAGGCUUGCUAGGAUUCACAACCAUCUUAACACCAUUAACAAAUCCCCUCUUCUUACCAUCCAGAGCCCAGAUGGAGAUAUUAUAGAUUGUGUUCAUAAAAGGAAACAGCCAGCUCUUGAUCAUCCUCUUCUCAAGAACCACAAGAUCCAGAGGGUUGCGCCGGAAAUGCCUAAGAUGAUGGAACAACAACACUUGGAGGAAGCAGCCGGUGGUGGGGAUAGGGUGAGGGUGACCAGCGCCGCCACUGGCAACCACAGCAGCAUGGGUGCCGUGCAGCAGCUGUGGCACCAGAGAGGGCUACGUUGUCCCAAAGGGACGGUGCCGAUACGGCGGAGCACGGUGGACGACGUGUUGAGGGCCAAAUCUCUUUACGAUUUCGGGAAGAAACAGCGGCGGCGAUACGCUCCGCUUGCCCGGCGUGCCGAUGCCCCGGACGUCGUUAGCGGCAACGGUCAUGAGCAUGCAAUCGCGUACACCGGCGCCUCAGAGGAUAUAUAUGGAGCGAAGGCGACGAUAAACGUGUGGGACCCAUCGAUAGAGACGGUCAACGAGUUUAGCCUCUCCCAGAUAUGGGUCCUCUCCGGUUCUUUCGACGGCUCGGACCUCAACAGCAUUGAAGCUGGCUGGCAGUCAGGUCAGUCCGGAGCUGUAUGGUGAUAGCAGACCCAGAUUAUUCACCUAUUGGACGGUCAGAUUUCUAUCUUACGGCGUAUUUCACUUCCUACUUCCUACUCCCUCCAUCCACAAAGUUCAUCGAUUUGACUUUUUUCUUGAAUUGUGUUAUACUUUAAUCAUAAAUUGUAAAAAAAAUAUUUAGUUGUAAUGUUAAUUUAAAAAAAUUUGGUUAUGAUG